UCAAGAUCAGCACAGAAUUCAUCACCAGUCCUCAUAGAUCUUUGUUCUCCUGCAGCUCCUAAGGAGAGUUCUCCCCCUCCUGAAAUUAUUAAUGACUCACCUGCUGUGUUGAAGAAGAACAGACGGAAAAGUAUGAGUCAGAGGAUUGAACUUCCGGUGAUCGAUGAUGAUGAUGAUGAUGAGGAUGAUGAAGAGCUAAAGGAACACGAGAGCUCACAAGAUGACAACAACGACAUAGAUGAAGAUCACGAGGAAUUGGAAGGCUCUGUGCCGAGCCAGUGUCCCUCAGGGGAACAUGUGUCUGAUGCCAUCAAGAUACACAAGUGUGCAUGUGUGAUCAGCUCAUCAGAGAGAGAGAAGUACGACUUGUGUCUCGUCAAUGGAAGACAACUGGAACUAGAAGGCAAGGUACAGGAGGCUGUUAUGCACUAUAUGGACGCCUUAGAAUUGAUGGACAGUGAUUAUUCUGUACAUGUCAAAGUUCUGGAGCUGGCUGAGCAAAUGAAUUUCCAACCUCCGUUGAUUGAAACAGCAUAGCUUUUGAUGAAGAAUGCUCGAUUACAGUUGGGUUAAUAUAUCGCAACUGGUUAAAAGAGGCAAUAAAGCUAAAUUAUUUAAAAUUUAAUUUUUUUUUGAAAUUUUAAAAUAAAAGGGAAGAAAAAAAGUGAGCAGACUAUUAGAAAUGUAAAUCAGCUAUUCUGAAAGAUGAAUUUGCAUGUGCCGUUAUGCUUCCAUCUCGUGAUUCUUCGUGGUUCCGUAAAUCUGUGCAACUAUUCCCACUGAAAACAAGUAAAGGAAAGAAGGAUUGUUUAGCUAUACUGCCGACCAUGUAAGUUUACGCGAGGAAAUUCGUUGUAUAGGUAUUCGUAUAAAAUUUACAAAUUGGUUGAAAACAUUCCUUCAGAUUUAAAGUAAGACAAUGAUAUAUCUUUACUCAAAUGAAAUUAUUAAGAAUUUUGGGUCAA